AUGAGCAAAGUCGAAUAUCAGAAACUAGGUGCCUCGGGAUUAUCUAUUUCCCCUAUUAUCAUAGGUUGUAUGACUUUUGGAGAUUUCCAAAAUUGGGGUAUUACGGAAGAAGAGACCGUUAUGGAAAUUUUGAAAAAGUGUUACGAUAACGGCUUAAGGACGUUUGACACCGCUGAUGUGUAUUCGAAUGGUGCAUCCGAAAUUUUUUUGGGUAAAUUUAUAAAGAAAUACAGCAUACCAAGGGAAAGAAUUGUUAUCUUGACAAAAGUUUGGGGUACUAUGGACUAUAAUGAUCCUGAUUUUAAUAUGUUCAAAUAUGGCACUGAAGCUUACCCUGAGAUUAACUAUGUGAAUUCUCAAGGCUUGUCUAGAAAGCAUAUCCUUGAUGCUGUUGAACACUCUAUUAAGAAUUUAGGGACUUAUAUUGACAUAUUACAAAUACACAGGUUAGACCGUAGUACCCCCAAGAACGAGAUUAUGAAAGCAUUGAAUGAUGUGGUCGAAUCAGGGCAGGUAAGAUAUUUAGGAGCAUCUUCAAUGAAAGCUUUCGAAUUUGCACAAUUGCAAUUUAUUGCUGAGAAAAAUAACUGGGCAAAGUUCAUCAGUAUGCAAAAUUACUACAACCUUGUGUACCGUGAGGAAGAGCGUGAAAUGAUUCCUUUCUGCAAAGAAAAUGAUUUUGGGAAAAUUGGAGUAAUUCCUUAUUCGCCUAUUGCGAGUGGUCUUCUCGCGCGCCCAUUGUCUUCUGAUGGAACUAAAAGACUGACAACCGACGCAAUCUUUUCUAAAAAAGGAUUAGACAAGCCAACUGAUUCAGACAAGGAGAUUGUAACCCGGGUCCAAAAAUUGGCAGAAAAAUAUAAGGUAAGCAUGGCUGCUGUAGCUACAAGAUGGGUUUUAAGUAAAGGUGCCAAUCCAAUAGUGGGUGUUAACUCUGUGGAACGAGUCGAUGACUUUAUGAAAGCAUUGAGUAUGGAAUUAACUGAAAGUGAAAUUUAUCUGUUAGAGGAGCCCUAUGUGGCAAAGGCCGAAUAUAAAAUUUAA